CGCGCGCGGCGGCGUGGGAAGUUCGGCAUGAGCGUUCUUGCGAGGGGCGGCUUGGGGCCGCUGUGUGCGGCGGCUCGCGCGGUCAUUCCCUGUCUUUGGAGAGGGAAAUACUUCAGCUCCGGGAGAGAGCCGGCAGAAACCCAGGUGACACCAAUGCUGCGGCAUCUUAUAUACAAAAUCAAGGCAACUGGCCCCAUCACUGUGGCUGAGUACAUGAAGGAGGUCUUGACCAACCCUGCCAAGGGAUAUUAUGUGUACCGUGACAUGCUAGGAGAAAAAGGAGAUUUCAUUACUUCACCGGAAAUAAGUCAGAUCUUUGGGGAGCUGCUAGGUAUAUGGUUCAUUAGUGAAUGGAUGGCUACUGGGAAAAAUGCAGCUUUCCAACUGGUGGAACUGGGCCCAGGCAGGGGUACCCUCGCAGGAGAUAUUUUGAGGGUGUUCAGUCAGCUUGGAUCUGUGCUAAAAAACUGUGAUAUUUCAAUACAUCUGGUAGAGGUGAGCAGAAAAUUGAGUGAGAUUCAAGCAUUAACCCUGACUGAAGAGAAGAUCCCACUAGAGCGAAAUGCUGGAUCCCCUGUAUAUAUGAAAGGUGUUACAAAAUCUGGGAUUCCAAUCUCGUGGUACCGAGAUCUGCAUGAUGUUCCAAAAGGACACAGCUUUUAUCUAGCACAUGAAUUUUUUGAUGUCCUUCCUGUGCAUAAGUUUCAGAAAACCCCACAAGGAUGGCGAGAAGUAUUCAUUGAUAUCGAUCCACAAGUUUCUGAUAAGCUGCGGUUUGUUUUGGCACCUUGUGUCACACCAGCAGAAGUCUUCAUACAACGUGAUGAAAUGAGGGACCACGUGGAAGUGUGUCCUGAGGCUGGCAUUAUCGUUCAGGAGCUUUCUCAGCGCAUCGCGCUAACUGGAGGGGCUGCACUAAUUGCCGAUUAUGGUCAUGACGGAACGAAGACAGAUACCUUCAGAGGGUUUUGUGGCCACAAGCUCCAUGACGUCCUGACUGCCCCAGGAACAGCGGACCUCACAGCCGAUGUGGACUUCAGUUAUCUGCGCAGAAUGGCAGAGGGACAAGUAGCUUCUCUGGGGCCAAUAAAACAACAGAUGUUUUUAAAAAAUAUGGGCAUUGAUGUCCGGCUGAAGGUUCUUUUAGACAAAUCAGAUGAGCCAGCCAGGCAGCAGUUACUUCAGGGAUAUGAUAUGUUGAUGAAUCCUAAGAAGAUGGGAGAAAGAUUUAACUUUUUUGCCUUGCUACCUCAUCAGAGACUUCAUGGUAGAAGCCAUCCAAUGAAUGCAUGUCAGUCAAAACCCUCUGUGUCACCUGUGGCUGGGUUUGGUGAACUUGCCUGGCGGUGAUCUCAGUGUGGACGUUUUAUCCCUAAGUCUGCCUAAGAAAGCAAAAUAAAGGGAACAUGUUUCAUAUAUCACA